AUGACUUAUGUGUUUAGAAAUACCUCGCGACAUGUACCAACUACUAUUCUCGUGGUUCUCAGUAUUUUGUACGGAACUAUAUCCUUUUUGGCAGUGAUUGGAAAUUCCCUUGUCAUGUGGAUCGUUAUUUCAACGAAACGUAUGCAGAACGUGACAAAUUUUUACAUAGCCAAUUUAGCACUGGCGGAUAUCGUUAUUGGUAUUUUCGCAAUUCCUUUUCAGUUCCAUGCCGCUCUGCUUCAAAGGUGGAAUCUCCCUUACUUUAUGUGCGCUUUCUGCCCUUUUGUACAAGCGCUCUCUGUCAACGUUUCAGUUUUUACACUGACUGCGAUUGCAGUUGAUCGUCAUCGAGCCAUCUUAAAACCCCUCAGCGCAAAACCAAGGAAAUUGACCGCCAAAAUUAUCGUCGCUGGAAUUUGGUUUCUUGCUGUGUGUUUGGCUGCGCCAAUGGCAAUUGCACGUAGAGUUGUGAUGGAGCCAGAAGGUCGAGGUCGAUAUAAACCGUUCUGUAAGGAAGUAAAUAUGUCCAAAUCUUCAAUAUUAAUUUACUCAGCGAUAUUAUUUUUUAUGCAAUAUCUAACACCUCUCUCAGUCAUUUCUUGCGCAUACGUGAGAAUGGCAUUAAAAUUGUGGAGCAAUAAAGCACCAGGAAACGCUGAAGAUUCUCGAGACGCAACUUUAAUGAGGAACAAAAUGAGGGUAAUCAAAAUGUUAAUUAUAGUUGUAGCACUAUUCGCAAUAUGUUGGCUGCCGCUUCAAACGUAUAACUUCUUUCGAUAUUUUUAUCCACAGAUUAACCAAUAUGAGUACAUCCAUUACAUAUUCUUCUCGUCCGACUGGCUGGCUAUGUCAAACAGCUGCUACAACCCAUUUAUUUACGGAAUAUAUAACGAAAACUUCAGAAGGGAAUUUCAACAAAAAUGUUCAUGUAUAUUUCAAAGACGGUUAAACAAUACAGCAGGCGAUAACGUAGACACGGAUAAGACGCAAAGUAGCCGAACCUCAGUCAGGUAUGAAUGGAAACGAACAAUUUCUAGCAGUUAUCCAGUUGUUUCAGCAUGUUACAAAGGCGCUACAAGAGAAGAGCCUAAUGAAUCGCUUAUCGGCGAGCAUCAAACGAGUGCGCGAAAUAAAAAAGGUAUUGGCUAUUACAUUCGUAGUAGAAAUCACUGUUCGUUACCAUCGAACAGAAACGAGGAAUUAUCUGUAUUUCCGACGCGGAAGCUCAAACAUGUUGAAGAUUCAGGAGUGAAAGAAUUAUGUUUGUAAUGAUAGAAAUUAAACGAAUCAAUUAUUUAUGCGAGUAACGUAGGAAGAUCCUCUUUACCUACACCGUGAAGUUAUCACGAUUAAUUUUAUGCAAACGAAGGGACGAUUCAUUUUCUGCACGACGAAAGAAAUUUUAACUCUUCCGGGGCGUAUAAUAAUUCUUGCGACUCUCAAGAAUGUGUGCUUUAAUUUCAUUGGAAUUUCUUUCUUAUUUUUUAACUACUUACAAAUCUUAACAUUUUCGCUACCAUAAAAGACUA